AUGGUCAUUAUCUCAGCGACGCAAUUAGUCGAUCGUGUUCCCCAAUCAUUGCUCAAGAGAAACAAAGACACUAACUCCGAGACCUUCGAGGCGACCCAAAUGGUCAUCGGGGCCGGCUACGAAGACGCUGCAGCACACCAACCAGAUAAUGAAAUAGACACACAAGAGCUACGUUAUAGUGAACGGUAUGUUGACAGGGUGGACAUGGUGGUUCGGCCAAGGGAGGAAAUGACAUGGGAGACAUGGAGGUAUGCGUUACUGGGCAUCGGGAAGUUCAUGCAGAACUGGGAGUAUGUUGAGUUGAGCUUUGAUAUAUUUGUCCUCGGAUUGGGAAGAGUGGGGAUUGGGAGACUGUUUUGGGAGGGUGGGACUGGUUUGGAUAGAUGA